UGGCAUAAAAGCAUCGACAAUGGAAGUAUUGAUGAGGUGGAUUGAGGAAUUGGGGAUCUGUAACUGUGAAACCCUAAUUUGAGAGCGAGGUCGAGUUUGAAGCAUUGCUCCUCCUUCAUUUUGUUGGUUGCAACGCGAUCAUGAGCCUGUUUUGUGGCAGAAUGUACGCGAGGUAAGAAGCUCGUAAUCGAAUUCUGACAAGAUGCCUCCCAAGAAGACCAAGGCGAAAAGAGCUGGCAAGGCGGGUGAGUCCAGCAAGGGAGCGAAAGUUGCCGCUGCUGGGAAUCAAGGAGCGAGCCGUGGAGCUGCCCGAGUGAAUUUGUCGUCGGAGAAUGAGGUUCGGUUGCGUAGAUUGCUUCUGAAUUCCGGGGGCGGUAGUCAAUCCACGCCUCAAGCAGAGGAAUCUCUUACUGAAGGGCAGAGAAGGCAGGCUGUGAAGCGUCUCAAGAAUAUCUACGAUCACCUCGUCGCUGAAGGAUUUACCGCCUCCCAAUGUGAAACUGCACUUUCCAAGCUUCCCUUGGGUGGUGCAACACUUGAGGCUGCUCUUGACUGGUUGUGCUUAAAUCUGCCCCCGAACGAGCUACCAUCUAAAUUCAGCAGUGGUGUUCAAGUUGCAAACCCAGAAGGUGGUCAAGCUCAGGUGCUAGCGGUUGCGCGACCCAAUUGGACUUACGUUGAGAAGAAGAUUGAGAUUCCGAAGGAUGUGCCCUUGAUUCAGAAGGUUCAGAAACCUAAGAAAUCUGAGAAUGAAGUGAAAGCAGAACAGGCCGAGUGGAUCAAGCGAUACAUGGCUGAACAGGCUGAGGACUCGGAGGAUGAAGAAUUGGAGAGCUCUGAAGAUGAUUUGAAUUGGGAGGUGUGGGGAGAUCCUGGUGAACAAAAUCGGCGCAAGCAACAAUCGGCUCAAGAUUGGCCUGCGUUGCAGGCCGCUGACCCGGAAGCGAAGAAAAAGGCUGCAAUAACAAGAUAUCAAGCCGCAAAGCAUACAGCUUCGGAUGCAAAAGCGAAAGGAAACAAGGAGGGUCAAGCAGCUGCAGGCCGCCUCAUUCGUGAACUCAAAUCCGAACUCGCGUUCCUCGGUUUGUCAGAAAAAGAUUAUGAUAUACCUGCCCAACCAAAGGUGCGAAGCUUCGCAGAUGCAGCAGCAUCUCGGAACCAAAGUGUACCUGCAUCAUGGGAAGUUCGAGAACUAAGUGCAUCGGGAAAGGCUGAAGAAGAUGAGUUCGACGAAAAUCCUUCAGAAAACAUAUAUGCUGACGAGAUGCCUGCAGGAAAAGGUGCGAAUGACCUUUCAAAAGAUGAUGCUGAGAGUAGGAAGGCUAAACAGAUUCCUGUGAAAGAGGCAAAUAUUGUUCAACCCGCUGCCAAAGAGAAAGGUGCUGAACCAGUCGAAGAAGGUGGAGGACUUUUGGGAAUGUUUGACGAGGAGGGACCUUUGGAUCAAAGUUUGCCUCAAAGUGUGGUACAGAUACAGAAGCGUGAGAUGCUCACUGCAUGGGGAAGCUAUGGUGAAUCACCAGCCAGUAAGAAAGUCGCAGCAUCAAAGAAAGGCGGCAAAUCCGUGCCUCAGGUAGAACAGCAGAGACUACCGAAGGCAGUGUUGCAGCAGCAUUGUCAGAAAAAUGGGUGGCCGUCUCCCAAAUAUGAGAAAUUUCCAGGACAACAUUCACAGUUUUGCUAUUCAGUUACCGUCGUCCAGCCCACUACUGGUCGUGGAAAGAAUAAAAUCGUAGGAGGUCCCGUCACUAUUAGGUUGCCCGAGGAGGAAGACCGUUUCAACUCUAUUGCGGAAGCACAAAAUGCAGUGGCCACACGGGCAUUAUUCUGGCUCUUUCCCGAACUGCCUCUGUAUCGCAACUUGCCAGAGCCUUACCGUACAAUGUGCAUGAAGUGGCUUGCCGAUGGUCAAAAUGCAAAGACUCAAGAUGUAGAGGAGCAAGUCGGGAAGAGGAUUGCAUUUGUAGAGUCGUUGGUAAACACCAGCAAAAGCCGUGAUGGUUCUUCAUCUGUGGGCAACAAGGCGGCUGAGACUCCAACGGAAAUAUUGAACCAACAGAAAGAGGAAAAUGUGGACCGGAAGGAUUUGAAAAAUGAGGGGAGUAAGGCGAAGAAAGAAGCUGAAAGUGUUCGUCUUCUACGUGCAAGAAAACAACAGUCGCAAACCAAAGAAUAUCAGGCAAUGUUGGAAUUGAGAGCGGGCUUGCCUAUGAGUGACUUAAAAAGUGAGUUACUUGCCAAAGUGGAGAGCAACGAAGUUGUCGUGGUGGGUGGUGAAACAGGCUGUGGCAAAACAACUCAAGUGCCACAAUACAUACUGGAUGAAAUGAUAGCUGCAGGACGGGGCGGCUUCUGCAACAUUGUGUGCACUCAACCACGGCGAAUUGCUGCGAUUUCAGUUGCUGAGAGGGUGGCAGUGGAACGAUGUGAACCGCCUCCUGGCAAUAGUGGCUCAUUAGUGGGCUAUCAAGUGCGUCUCGACACUGCCUGGCAUCAAGGAACCAAGCUUUUGUUCUGUACAACGGGUAUUCUACUCCGAAGGCUAGCUGGAGACAGUGAUUUGAGUCACGUCUCACAUGUCAUUGUAGAUGAAGUUCACGAACGUACUGUUCUGGGUGAUUUCCUAUUAGUCAUAUUGAAGGAAUUGUUGGAAAGAAGGCGAGAAAGUGGAUUUCCUUUGAAGCUUAUACUCAUGUCAGCAACUUUGGACUCUAAUUUAUUCUCGAAUUACUUUGGUGAUUGUCCCGUCAUAUCUGCAAAAGGGCGGACUUUUCCUGUAACAACUUACUUUUUGGAAGACGUUUAUGAGCAGCUGUCUAAUUACAAACUUGCAACAGAUUCUCCAGCUGCAAUGGGUAAUGAUUACAAAGCAAACAGGAAAAAGGCAUCAAAACGUUUAGUAGAUAAUAGCAGGGGUAGGCAGGACCUGGUAAAUUCUGGUUGGGGUGAUGAAUCAAAACUGGAGGAUGUACUGGUGAACCCGCAUUAUGAUCCAGAUCUUUAUCGCAAUUUUAGUGAACGAACACGAAGAAACUUGGAAAGACUGAAUGAAGAUGUGAUAGACUAUGAGUUACUUGAGGAUUUAAUUAUCUAUAUUGAUGAGGAAGGCGAAGUAGGUGCAGUGCUCGUAUUUUUACCGGGAUUGGCAGAGAUACAGCUGCUUUGGGAACGCCUUUCUGUUUCUCGAAGGUUUAGUGGGUCUGCUUCAGAGUGGCUGAUCCAGUUACACUCCUCGGUGGCUCCUGCGGACCAGCGACGGGCAUUUCAAAGACCUCCCAAAGGCAUCCGUAAGAUAGUUCUGGCUACUAAUAUCGCAGAAACAAGCAUCACAAUCGAUGAUGUGGUGCAUGUUGUUGAUUGCGGAAAGCACAAAGAGAACCGUUUCGAUCCUCGCAGGGGCAUGUCAAGCAUAAUCGAGUCUUGGAUUUCACAAGCUAAUGCAAAACAACGUAGAGGUAGAGCUGGGCGUGUACGUUCUGGCAACUGCUUCUGUCUAUUCACUCGAAAUCGACUUGAGAAGUUGAUGCGGCCUUACCAACUUCCAGAAAUGUUACGAGUUCCAUUAGUGGAGCUGGGCUUGCAAAUCAAGCUUCUUGGACUUGGCAACAUUGCUGCUUUCUUAGAGAAGGCUCUGGAACCUCCGCAGGCAGACGCAGUGACGAGUGCAGUUUCAACUCUUCGUGAGGUUGGAGCUAUAAAUGAAGAAGAAGAGAUAACCGCAUUAGGUCAUCACUUGGCUGCUCUACCCGUUGAUGUCCGCAUUGGCAAGAUGAUGCUGUAUGGAGCAGUCUUGGGGUGCGUGAGUCCUGUUCUCACAGUGGCAGCUUGCUUGAGUUACAAAUCACCUUUUGUUUCACCAAAAGAUCAGAGAGAGGCUGCUGAGAGGGCAAAGCAAGCACUUGUCGCAGAGAGGACCGAUAAAAGCCUUCCCGUGAGUAUUGCAAGCGGACAGCAUUCGGACCAUUUGUGCAUGGUAGCAGCGUACAACAUGUGGAGCCACCUUUCUGCAGUGAAAGGAGGAAAAGCUGCACGUGAAUUUUGUCACGCUAAUUUUCUUAGUAUAUCCACUUUGAUCAUGCUGAGGGACCUACGGAUUCAAUUUGCCAGCUUGCUAGCAGACAUCGGCUUUCUGACUUUCUCCGAGGGUGGAAAAUCUAAACAUGACACAGGAUUUGAAAAGUGGGUUGAUGGUAUGAAUCAACCUUUUAACCUAAAUUCACUUCAACCAUCUGUAGUGAAGGCAGCCAUUUGUGCUGGAUUGUAUCCAAAUGUUGCAGCAAUGAGCAAAGAUAGUAUUCAAGCAGGGCAUGCCAGCGCCCAAAGUCGACGGGCUGGCCUUUCUCCGGAUCAACGCCCUCAGUGGUCGGAUGGUCGCCGCGAAGUUUUCAUCCAUCCCACAUCCGUUAAUCAUAUGGUUUCGGAAUUUCGUCAACCCUUUUUAGUAUUUCAUGAGAAGGUGGAGACCAGCAAAGUGUAUUUGCGGGAUACGACUGUUAUUUCUCCUUAUGAUCUACUUCUAUUUGGCGGAGAGAUCAGUGUUCAACAUCAGACUGGACGAGUUACUGUUGAUGGAUGGUUGGAGAUGAACGCCCCUGCACAAACCGCCGUUCUUUUUAAAGAACUCCGUGGUGCUCUAAGUGGAGUUUUGCAAGAGCGGAUUGGGAAGCCAAAGGGAAGCAUCUCAGAAGUAGCCAAGGAGCUCAUUCCAUCUAUUACGCAGCUUCUAGUGGACGAAGAGAAACCAGUGUGACCUGUACUUACUGUUGUUUCAACCUUGAUUCGUCAUUGACCAAGAGAUGAAAUGAAACUACGAAACACUGAAAUUUCGUAUGUGGCAGACAGCGUUAGUACCAGGGUUCUUUUCACUUUAUUUUCCUGAACUGUGAUGAUUAUGUGAUUACCUAUUUUGUCUUCAGAACCAAAAAUGGUUAGGUAGUAUAUCAGGAGCACACCAUGCCUUGAUUAUGAAUAACACUGUAUGUGCACGUUAAAAUUAUUGAAUUGGGGCACAGUUUAAUUCCUACAA